CUCCGGAUUUUCCUCCGUUUUCUUCUCUCUCCCCCUCUCGUUUUCUCCUUUCUUCCUCUCGCGACUCGACCCGACUCGCGCGAACGACGCUGGCGAAAGCGAUAGCGAACCCAAGAAAUCCAGUGGCGAUCUUUGCCGCGGCCAUGACGGUGGGUCAGAAGGAGGCGAUGCCGAUGCAGGUACCUCCGCUGCAGCCCGGAAGAACAUUUGGAGCAGAGGGCAGUACUGUGGUGCGUGAUUCCAUCCAAACAAUAGGAGGCGGUGCUCUUCCCUCGAAUGAGUAUGCGCCCUUGGUCCAGCAGAAACCCCCGGAAGAUGCACCACCAUUGGCCUCUAAUCGGUGCAGGAAGAAGCGACCUCGUAGAUCACGUGAUGGGCCUACCUCAGUGGCAGCGACAAUCCAGCAGUGGGCUGAGCUCAACAAGCAGUCGGAGCAUGAUCCUGAGGCCGCGAAGCAACCAAGGAAAGCACCUGCGAAGGGUUCGAAGAAAGGCUGCAUGAAGGGAAAAGGAGGGCCUGACAAUACACAGUGUGGAUACCGUGGCGUAAGGCAGCGUACUUGGGGGAAGUGGGUUGCUGAAAUUCGAGAGCCAAAUCGGGUCAGCAGACUCUGGCUCGGGACCUUCCCAACUGCAGAGGAUGCAGCCAGGGCUUACGAUGAGGCGGCCAGAGCAAUGUAUGGACUAGUGGCCCGUACUAACUUCCCCUGUCAGCUUGCAUCAACUUCUGCUCUGGUUGCUCCAGCAGCUGUUGAAGGUGUCCAACCUGUCAGUGUUUCAUGCGAGUCCACGACGACAACCAAUCACUCUGACAUUGCAUCCACCUCACAGAAGCCCGAAAUUCCAGAUAUUUCAAGUUCACUUAAGACUCAACCAGAGGUUCUGGAACCUAUUCCACAAGAGCCCAAGACGGAAUCUGCUACAUUGGACCAGAGUGACGAUAGCCAUCCUGGCCCUGAAGCUAGGACAAGCAAUGUAGCUGACAAGGAAGUCUUCGAGCCACUGGAACCCAUCGCCAAUCUACCACAGGGUGUUGAUGCUGGGUUUGAUAUCGACGAAAUGUUGAGAAUGAUGGAAGCUGAUCCGCAGAAUGAGGGCUCGUGGGAUAGGCUCCAGAAUUCGGAAGCCAAUGAAGGUGGUGCCAACACUGGCAUAGAGCAACCCUUCUACUUUGACGGGCUAGAUCCAAGUGUGCUGGAGAGCAUCCUCCCGUUAGAGCCGGAGCCAUUGUUGAUGUCCGAAGAACCGGACAUGUUCGUUGCUGGCUUCGAAAAUCCUGGUUUCUUCGAGGGUUGUGAUUUCUUGGAGCGGCUAAACUGAAUUUCUGUUGUUUGGCCUGCUACUUCAUGGGUGAGGUUGGCUCGUUUUCAGCCUUGUGCAGUGAAGACAAACGGUAAUUUUGGCAGUACUAAUAAGCUUCUAGUAAGCUAGAUUUUCCCUCUGUUUUAAUUCUGUAGGCUUGGAACUCUUGUGACUGUUUGAAUCAUAAUUGUAAGAACCCUUGUUUUGUAAUCAGGAAGCGACCAAGAAUGAUAAUGUAAAUACUCCCCGGGUCGUGGAAAGAAAAGGAAAAAAAAGGCAUCUGCUUUGGUUUCUGAACAUUCA